CGGAGAGGGCUCCUUAACCUGCGCUGGCCCGCGGUGUCGUCAUGGCCCUCAACAAGUCUAUGCAUGCGCGCAACCGCUACAAGGACAAGCCGCCCGACUUCGCCUAUCUGGCCGCCAAAUACCCUGAGUUCCAGCAGCACCUGCAGACCACCCUCACCGGCAGGGUGAGCCUGAACUUCAAGGACCCCGAGGCAGUGAGAGCUCUGACGUGUACCCUUCUGAAGGAGGAUUUCGGUCUUACGAUUGACAUCCCCGUGGAAAGGCUUAUUCCCACCGUUCCCUUGAGGCUGAACUACAUCCACUGGGUGGAGGAUCUCAUCGGUCACCAAGAUGCUGACAAGCAAAUCCUGAGGCGUGGCAUUGACAUAGGGACAGGGGCCUCUUGCAUAUACCCAUUGCUGGGAGCAACUUUGAAUGGCUGGUAUUUUCUUGCAACUGAAGUGGAUGAUAUGUGCUUCAAUUAUGCCAAGAAGAAUGUGGAGCAGAACAACUUGUCUGAUCUUAUCAAAGUGGUUAAGGUACCACAGAAGACUCUUCUGAUGGAUGCCCUGAAAGAAGAAUCUGGGAUUGUUUAUGAUUUCUGCAUGUGCAACCCUCCCUUUUUUGCCAACCAGUUGGAAGCAAAGGGAGUGAAUUCUCGGAACCCACGGCGUCCCCCUCCCAGCUCUGUCAAUACAGGAGGGAUCACAGAAAUCAUGGCUGAGGGGGGAGAACUAGAGUUUGUCAAAAGAAUCAUUCAUGACAGUCUGCAACUUAAAAAGAGGUUACGAUGGUACAGUUGCAUGCUGGGGAAGAAAUGCAGCUUAGCACCGUUGAAAGAGGAGCUUCGAAUCCAGGGGGUUCCUAAAGUUACUCACACUGAAUUCUGUCAAGGACGCACCAUGAGAUGGGCAUUGGCAUGGAGUUUCUAUGAUGAUGUUCAAGUACCUUCACCUCCAUCUAAAAGAAGAAAACUGGAAAAACCCAGAAAACCAAUUACAUUUAUGGUCUUGGCUUCUACAGUCAAAGAGUUAUCCAGCAAAGCUGCAGCUAUGGGCUGGGAUGCUGUAGAACCUAUUGCUGUGGUUAGGGCCUGGGUAGAGAAGAUUCUCACUGAUCUCAAGGUUCAGCACAAACGUGUUCCCUGUGGGAAGGAUGAAGUUAGCCUCUUUGUGACUGCCAUUGAAAACUCCUGGAUUCAUCUGAGGAGAAAGAAACGAGAGAGGGUAAGGCAGUUGCGAGAGCUUCCUCGAGCUUCUGAAGGUACUCUGCAAGCAAUGGAAGAAGGGAAAAAGGGCCAGAAGAGCGUCAGCAGCAAUUUGGACUGUGAAAACCCCAAGACUGAAGACUCUGAAACAGGGUUUAUGGCCCCUGAGGAGGAUGUCUGCUUGACUGCAGGGGAUGAGCUAAAGGAAGGCUCUGCUGCCAAAGAACAACAUCAUGAGCAUGUGAAGGAGGAGGAGGAGCAGAUGGAAGCAAAUGGGGAAGAAGCAUCACUGGGCAAGGGUUCCAGUAAUGCAAAGGAGGAACCUUGCCCUUCAGAGGAAGCUAGCAAUCUCACAGCUGACAAAGAGCAAAGUCCCAGGGAAACAGGUAGAUGCUUUCUCUUUAAGUGUUUAAUGAAUGUGAAGAAAGAAGGCAACGAUGUGGUAGUAGAAAUGCACUGGGUUGAGGGACAGAAUAGAGACUUGAUGAACCAGCUGUGCACAUACUUACGCAAUCAGAUCCUUCGCCUGGUUGCCAGUUAGCCCCUUUCCUGCUUCGUUCAAGUAAGCCAGGUCUCAAAUCUAGUCAACUAUUUUGAAGAGAAUAAAACUUCCAGUUAGCAGAACUUGGCAUUUUUUUCUCCUGGGGGGAAAAAAAAAAGAGAGUAAAAGGGAGAUUAAAGUCCCCUUAAUAGCUUUGUGGAAGGCUGCAAGGAGUGCAUGAAGUAAGCGUACUUCAUUGGACAUGAAGUGAUGGAGAAGUAACAGCUUUUGUGCUGCAGUUGUAAAACUACAUGUUGAGAGAUGAGAAUACUGUUUCAGGCAUCAACAGUGCUAACUCUGGUCUGUUUUCUGGUGCAAUAGAGUUAUAUAUUGUUACUAAGUAGAAAUAUUGACUGAAAUAUUUUCUGCCCUAUUUUUUCAACGCUAAUGCAGGCAACGAUUGGUCUGCUGUGGGAACUGUUUUCUGCAGCAAAGAGUCUUCAACCAAGGAUUUAAGUAUGCCUCUCUUCAAUGCAUUUAACCUUUGAUCUAGAGAGUAGCAAGACUGAUACAUCCUUCUGAGUGUUAAUUCAUUAAACUAAUUGCUUUAGAAAAACUUUGUGUUGUCCUUUCCUGGGGCUUGUGU